UUUUUUGUGUUCAUCCAGGACCAGACUAUAUGUGAGCUCACGUCCCACACCGAGUGGCUGAAGUUGGAUCUGCAAUGCAAGCUGAAUUGGAAGGAUAUGGAAUACACCAUGAAGAUGAAAAGUUUUUUUCAGGGUUAUCGCCAGCAGAUGAAAGCUUUGAAAGACCAAAUUCAGGUGCUGAACACUGAGAGGGAGGACCAGAAGGAUUCUCACCAGAAGGCGCUGACCGAGUUGAAGGAAGAACACGCCAAGCAGCUGGAGGAUCAAAAGCAAAGCCGCUUCGAGGGCCUGCUUGACCAGGACGAGCUGUACCAUGAGCUGCAGCAGAAAAUGCAGAUGAUGGAGAAGAACCAUGCGAAGAAGCUGCGCAAUGCUGAAGACAGCCACCUCUGUGCCAUGGAGAACAUGAAACAGGCCUAUGAAGCCAAGCUGCGGGAGCUACGGGUCGAGUUGGAGCAGGAAGUGAAGAACUUUGAGGAGAAGCAGGUAAGGAUUAAGGAGGUGGCUGAAUCUGAGGUCAUGGAACUCUGCCGCAACUACGAACAUGAUCUCCAGUGAUGUGAUCAGACUUUACAUAAGAACACAAGCUGCAGCACCACCAUAAAUGACAUCUUAGCAUGUGAAAAUAUCUUAAAUAAACCAAACAUGAGAUAAUUAAACCUCUUUGUAGACAGUUUACUAAUUUCAAGAUUUAAUUUGAAGUUUUAUUGGUAGAUAUUUUUUUGCGUCUUUCUAGAACUAAAUGCUUAGACUUAGAAUUAUUAAAACCGUAUAGAAAUAGAUACU